GACGAUGACCACGUCCGAGACGUCCGGUUAUGUGUUUUAUUCGCCGGCUCACACGCACGUCGCACACCACACGUCGUCGUCGUCGCAGUCGCAGUCGUUUAACACAACGUUCAGUCGCUCGUUUGCCGUUGUCGCGUCCGUUGCGCCCCUCGUGGCCACUGCUAAGUUUACCCGUCACCGAUGUACAUAUGUAUAUAUAAUAUAUAAACGCGUAUAAUAUCGUACAGUAAUAUAACAAACGCUCAGAGUCGUAUUUUAAAGAAUCGAUUUUUAAAAUUUUUUUUUUUAAUUUUACCGUUCAAUUUAUCGAGUGCCGAUCAGAGUAUACUAGUUACAAGACCUGAGACGAGAAGCCAACUAAACAAAAAAAAAAAUUCGACAAACAUACUAUAUUAUACUCCGCUUCCAAGCCGGACAAUGUAUCUCGGAAUGGUUUCGACACGACUGAUGGCGAUGGCCCUGGCGGUCGUCUGGUGCUGUUCGAUGACCGCCUCGGAACAACACUGGAAAUGGUCCAAGCCGUACACGUGGAUGAGCUCGCCUAAGUCGUACUCUCCGUCGUACCCGGCCGUCUACGGCAAACCGCAACCGCGACCGUACAUACCGUCUGGUCACGACAAACACCGAGACCGGUGCGAACUGCGAAAAGCGGUGUUCACCCAGGACGCCAAUUCGCCGCAGUACAUCGUCUACAAGACCAAAAUCCCGGAUUUGAAAGAAUUCACGCUGUGCCACUGGCACAACAUCUUCAACUACACGCACGAUCAGCCCAUAUUCUCGUACACGCAUCCCGGUAAACCCCGUGUCAUAUAUUCGUGGAUCGAGAACAAGCCCGACAAAACGUACUACUCGUUGGCCAUCAACGGGCACACCAUCUACAGGAUUAAUUACCCGGAGAAGUUGUUCAAAUGGUACCAUGUGUGCCAGUCGUGGAACGGUCACACGGGCGAGUGGCAGCUGUGGAUCAAUUCCGAGAGAGUGGGCAGAGGAUUCUACAACUUGAUGGCCGGCAAGAAGAUCAAGGGUGGCGGCGUGGCCAUCAGCGGACGGGAGUACGUGGAACAAGCGUUGGCCGUUCACUACCCGGCGUUCUCGGGAGAACUGACUCUGGUGUCGCUGUACAAGGCGGCGCUGACCGCGGGCAAGGCGUACAACGACCACAAGCACCAUCACGUGCACAACUUCCAUCACGGUUACGACGAGUCGGUGGACGAGGCCGACACCGAGGCGCCACCGACGCUGCCCCCCGGCCCGGAGGCCACGCGGCCGCCGCAUUUGGCGCACGGCGGUGCGUUCGCCAACGGUCAGCGCGUGCCCGGAGUGGCGGUGCCGAAUGCCGCGGGCCCGGCGCCGCAGCAACCGCCGACGAUGCCGCUGCACCUCCCGCAACUGCCACCGUCCCCGCAACUGCCGCUGUUCGACGGCGGCCUGUACGACUUCUACGACGCGCCGCACGCCGACGAGACGUUCCGCGUCAACCUGUUGGACAAGCGCUCGGACGACAACCGCCGCAGCAGCCUGGUCCGUUACAAGCGCAGUUGGAUGCCUCUGUUCCGGCAACCGAUGUCCGACAUCGAUGUCGUCACUGACGCCGACGCCACCUCAGCCGCCGCCCGGAACGCCCGGUCCAACGACGGCGACCCGCACGACCGGAAGCGCGAACCGGCCGAGUGGGAGGUGGUCAAAGUGGCCGGCGUGUGCGCGGCCUGCGUGCCCGACCCGUUCGGCGCCGCUUCCGUCCUGUCCUGGCACGAGACCCGCAAACAGUUCUACAACGGCGCCCUGUACCUGCCCGCCCUGCCCAAGUGCUACCUGUUCUGAUGAGAUUCGCGUGGCCGCCGUCGGUUCGCCUCCAACCCCGCCUCCACAAAAUCUUCCGGACCCGCCUGCACCCGCCGCCGACGCGAUAUCGCCAUACACUUUAUUAUAGCACGGCGGCGGCGGGUGGGCGCGUCAAUGUACAUAUACUUAUACUUAUAAUAUUAUUACUAUUAUUGUUAUUAUCGAUAGAGUGUAGAACUUAUAAUAAUAUUAUUAAUUAGUUUUAAUACAUUAGUAGCCCAAUGCGCAUAAUUUUUUCAGACGCCGGGCGUGACACUGCAUUUUAAGCGAUAUGAAUUCGUAAAUUUUACCAAAAACUAAAAUUCCGAGACAUUUUUGGACGGUUUCAUUGCGAAAAAAAAAUCGAAAACCGUUCCGCGGGCGAAAUCCAGUAUACCUAUACCGCGGUAUGCAAACGGUCAAUCCGUCUGUAGUGUUAUUUAUUUAUAAACCGUAUUCUACUGCAGUAUUGUAACACAGUCGUACUAUUAUAGAACAGUGAUAAACAAAAAAAAACUGUAUACAAUCGUUUUCAGUCCGCGUCCGCAAGUGCGCUAUGACAACGAAAGGAUCCGAUGAUAAAUUCCGAAAUUUCAUCAUUGCCGUUUACGACAAAACACAGUUACAAAGAAAAUGUUUAUGCUUAUUUUUUAAUAAUAUUUUAAAGCGUAGACUAUUUUUUUUUUUCAUGAAAUCAGCAUACGUCAUAACACUUGUAAUUCGUUAUUUCUACAGGACACUUCAUCACGAGUAGAACAAAAAAUCACAGACAUUAAAAAUAAUAUGGUCUUUAAAUAUAUUACAAAAAAUUCCAUAAAUCGAAAGGAAAAAUUUGGGUACCAUGUUUGAUGAAUCACUCUGUAUAUAUAUACACUAUACAGGUUCGUAGGUUGAACUUAUUGAUAUUUUAGGUUCUGCGCGUGUACCUUUUUUCUUUACACAAUGACGUGCCAUGCACCAUAAAAGCCGGUCUAUAGUCAAUCAAAGACUUUGAUCGAACUUUAGGGUUCGCUCUAUUCAUCCAUAUCAAUUGAACGCGAAGGCCAUAUAAAUAAUUAUAUCCGAUAAAUCUCCAAACCUAUUUGGUGCUACAUUACAAUCGAUCGGAUUCGAGAACACAGGACUGCUGCAGGAGAUCUAUUAUAAUUGUGAAAUUCUUUAGCGAACUUAAGUUCCAUUUUGAUUACAACAAUCGUCCCACAAUCUAACAACAUAAUUAAUAAACCGUAAACAUUUUUCCGACACAAAACUGUACAAUGACGUGGUACAAUAAUUAUAUAUAUUUUCGUUGUAAUAUAUUCGUUAUUAUAUCAUCAUAAUAUGUUUAGUAUGAAUUAUUUACGUUGAGCGGUUUUGUACAAUUUUUAUUAUUUAUGUAAGGAAUAAAUUAAAACUAUAUUUUUUUGCUUAGUGUUAGUUGAAAAUAAUUGUAUAACUGUGAUAUUGUUACCGUGUAUAUAAUUAUAUAUUAAAUUAAAUAAUAUAUUUCAUGUAUAAAUAUUA